AUCGUUACUGUCGCUCGUGAAGAAGAUGAUGUGCUUGAAGGUUGCCUACGUAGUGACAAGCUGGCGAUUUGCUCAGCUGGCGAUUUACUCAGCCUCCGCCUUCUGGCGCUUCUCGUUGACCCCUGUCCGACUCCGCCCCUCCACACGAACAAAGUUCAGCCUGAUCAAACGCCUUCAAAGUCCAACACGGAAUACUGCCUUCGUCCCAUUUUCCUCACAUCAUGCAAGAUGGAGAACUCAUACAGUCGCAGUAGCAAACGGCAACGGACAGAUGAUUAUACAAAUAGCAACCGAAGCGCGGUAUUUGAAUCUGGUGGAGCACGACUGGUUCCGUCGUCUUCCACCAACGAUCAUCUCCGCAACGAACAUGGCGCAUCGGAAGACUAUGGAGCUCAGCAGAAUGUUGGGAACGAUGAAAUUGUUUGUUUUGGACUUAUCCCUUCAAUAGAAUGCAAAUGCGAGCAUCAAGCCGUUCAGGGCGAGUCAUUCCUUAUCCACUUAGCCUCAUCCAGUCAUUUCUGGGUCUCUGAGCCUUCGAGUAUGGUAGGUCACAUCGCUUCACAGCAUGGCAAUAUGAUCGCCGGGCUUCUCUCAGAGAGUACGCUCGACCUGUACGCUUCAUGUACACCUGAGGUCGCGCAUAUGCAGCGCCAUCAAACCGGUCUGACUCAAAUUCCAUGUAUACUUGAUAUCACAGUCUAUGGCCCAAUGGAGCUUUUCGAUGAGAUAGGAGACUGGUUUCAGGACUAUGAAGUCUUUCUCCAGGACCCGCGGACUUGCCAUCGAGAUGUCAAGUACUUCAACCCUCACAGACUUUCAUCCGAUAAAUCCCAGUCCGGUAUGCUGGUUUCUCAGGUCAUCGCACAAGCAUCCACCUUGGUCAAUUUCCAAGAAAUACAUGAGAGGCCUGAUCUACUAGAACUUAUCAGUGGUCAAGAAGACCUCGAAGAAGCAGACCCGUCUUCACUUCUUGAUACCGCCUUACAUAGACAUCAGAAGCAGGCUUUGACUUUCAUGAUGCGCAGAGAAGCGGGCUGGAAGCCGGGCGAUCUAUGGCCAGACAUCUGGGAAACGCUUGAUAAUAGCCACAGUAGAUGCUUCAUAAAUCAUAUCACCGAGGAGUACCAGGCUGUUCCUCCAAAACAAUGUUUUGGAGGGAUUAUUGCCGACCCUAUGGGUCUGGGGAAGACUCUCACUAUGGUGGCAUUGGCUACGGGCGAUCUCACUCUGGACGCACCCAUGAACUGUGCGACGACUAUUUUCGAUGACCUCCAUCCAGUCGGUGCCACGUUAAUCAUCGUACCUCCACCAUUAUUGAGUACAUGGGAAGGGCAGAUCGAAGAACACGUUAGAUCGGGAGCCAUUCAAUUGCACCGCCAUCAUGGAAAGAAUAGGCUUAGAAAUCUUGAUGAGUUGAGAAAUCUCAACGUCGUGAUAACCACCUAUCAGACGUUAUCGGCAGACUGGAACGCUGAAAAAGACGCCAAAGCAUAUUCCAUCAUAUUUCAUGUGCAAUGGAGAAGAAUCAUAUUAGAUGAAGCACAUCUCAUUCGUAACGUCAAAGCACGAAUGUCUCGGGCGAUCCAUGAACUAGACGCUGUUUCCCGCUGGGCGGUGACGGGCACUCCCAUUCAAAAUAACCUCAGCGAUCUCGCCGCCCUUCUGAAGUUCAUCAGAGCAGAUCCUUACGACGACUUGACGCAUUUUGAAAAAGAUUUUAGCCGACUGUGGAGAUCGGGUGAAGACAAAGAAGCCGUGAAGCGGCUGAAGCGGCUCGCACGUUGCGUCAUCCUACGUAGAGGAAAGAGAACGGUCAAUCUUCCUCCCCGGCGCGACCUGAAAUGUCCUGUAGAGUUUCAAAAAUCGGAACGAGAUCUAUACGAGAGUAUUCGCCAACAGGCAAUCAUGAGAAUCGACGAUGUCUUGCACCAGGAUAUGGAAUUUUCCAGGGCCUACGCCAAUUGUCUUCAACAGAUCGAAUCCAUGCGCCUCGUCUGCAAUUUGGGUCUUCACUAUCAUACUCGGCAUGAUCCAGCCACUAAGAAAGCACCAGAAGACUGGAAAAGGACCGCACAAAAGGUGUUCAACUCGCACCGUAGUAUGAACACUGUUGUAUGCUCGCAGUGUUCUUUCAGUCUUGAUAUGACCGAUAGUCUUAUGGAGGAUGCGCUCUACUUAGAUAGCCCGCUGUUCACCCGCUGUCUGAAAUAUGCCUGCGCAGAGUGUUCCCAUAGAUUGCGUGUCGCAGGAUUCGAUGUGGCUUGCGGCCAUACACCCCGCUGUGAAGUUGCACCAGUUUCCAUCAGUACAAGCGCUCUGGAAGAAACAUUCAACCAAUCUCACGAGAAGGGCAAGAAACAUCUGACCAACAGUGGUUCGUUACCUUCGAAGGUCGAGGCUUUGCUGUCUGAUCUUAAAACAUUGCCUCUGGGUGUCAAGAGCAUCGUGUUCUCCACUUGGCGCCUUACUUUAGACAUUGUCGAGAGAGGACUUGCGAAGUCAGGCAUUCAGUCAGUCCGCUUCGAUGGAAAAGUCCCGCAAGCCCAACGUCAACCAGUACUGGACCGCUUCAGAACUGACCCAAACGUGCGAGUGAUGCUACUCACCAUACAAUGCGGUGCUGUUGGUUUGACACUGACUGAAGCGUCUCGUGCAUAUCUGAUGGAGCCCCACUGGAAUCCUACAAUCGAAGAGCAAGCCCUCGCGCGUAUUCACCGUAUCGGCCAAACGCAAGAAGUGACGACUGUGCGAUUUUACAUUCGGAAUUCUUUCGAAGAGCGCGUUAUGGAAGUACAGGAGACUAAGAAGAACCUAGCCAGCGUACUUUUAUCGGGACACGAUGGAGAGAGUGUGGAUGACAGUCUUGGUGCUCUGCAGAGAUUGCGCUCCUUACUAUGA